AUGAGUAAUUUGGCAGUACUUUCAUUGUCAGAUAAUCAAUUUUCAGGGGAGCUCUUCGAUUAUUGGGGUGAAUUAAGAUUAUUAUUUGUCAUUGACUUGGCCAACAAUAGUCUGUAUGGAAAAAUUCCAAGCUCAAUAGGUUUCUUGAUAACCCUCGAAAAUCUAGAAUUGAGCUACAACCAUUUUGAUGGAAAAAUUCCCAAGUCUUUACAAAAUUGUCCACAACUCGUGAGCAUCGAUCUCAGUCAAAAUAGGCUAUAUGGAAGCCUUCCUAUGUGGAUUGGAGUUGUUGUGUCACGGUUGCGGUUGCUAAACCUACGAUCUAACCAUUUCACUGGAACCAUCCCAAGACAGUGGUGUAAUCUUCCUAAACUUCGUGUGUUUGAUGUUUCAAACAACAAUCUUUCGGGAGAAAUUCCAAGUUGCUUGAAUAAUUGGACAGAUAUAGCUUAUAAUCUCUACGCGCCUGGGUUCCAAAAUUAUUCGGGAAAAACAUCAUUGGUUAUGAAAGGAAGAGAACUUGAAUAUAGUGUCAAUCUCGACUACGUAUUAACAAUAGAUAUUUCAAGCAAUAGAUUGAAUGGUACAAUCCCAAUGAGAUAA